AAGGGGUGACAGGAGUAGAGGGAGGACUGUGAAGAUUGACGGUUAUGUGAAGAAAAGCAUCGUUUGUCUUCGUGUAGUUUUGCAGAUUUUGUUUCAUCCGCAUUUAAAUAAGGAAACCAUUGUUAUUAUUAUUGUGAAUGUGAAUGUGUGGUCGCUUAUACCUUAAGCUUCACUUAUAAAUAGCCCGUCUGAAAGAUUCUAUGACUUUCUGAGAUCCAGAAGACAAAAAAUGGCGGAUAUUAAGGGCCAGUAGGAUUUGUGAUCGUUUUAAAAACCAGUUGUUUUGUUUACAGAAAAUGUUGACAAACAUGUCCAAUGGCAAUACCAACGGUGCGGGAGAUAAUAAAGUGGCGCCGCCCAAGAAAAAGCCAGCCACAAUUGAACAGACUUACCAAAAGAAGUCUCAACUGGAACACAUAUUGUUAAGACCUGAUACAUACAUUGGAUCGGUUGAAACGGCUACCGAACCCAUGUGGAUCUAUGAUACCGAUCGCGAAAUGAUGGUACAAAAAAUAAUUGAUUUUGUGCCAGGAUUGUAUAAAAUUUUCGAUGAAAUCCUAGUUAAUGCUGCCGAUAAUAAGCAAAGAGACCAGUCGAUGGAUUGCAUAAAGAUUGAGAUCAAACCAGAGGAAAAUAUGGUUUCUGUAUGGAAUAACGGCAAAGGUAUUCCUGUUGUCAUGCAUGAAGAUGAAAAAAUGUAUGUUCCCACUAUGAUCUUUGGACAUUUACUUACUUCUUCAAACUACAAUGACGAAGAAGAAAAAGUCACGGGAGGAAGAAAUGGCUACGGUGCUAAACUAUGCAACAUAUACAGUGAGAAGUUUAUUGUGGAGACAGCAUCUAAAGAACACAAGCGACAUUUUAAGCAAACAUGGGGCAGUAAUAUGACCAAGGCCUCAGAGCCAAAAAUUAAGGACUUUUUUGGUGCCGACUUUACAAAAAUCACCUUCUAUCCAGACUUGGCUAAAUUUCACAUGGAUAAAUUGACCGAUGAUAUUGUAGGUUUAAUGUCGCGAAGAGCGUUUGAUGUAGCAGCUUCUACUAAAGGAGUCAAGGUGUUUCUGAAUGGCCAAAGACUGCCGAUAAAAAAUUUCAGAGAUUAUGUCCAAUUGUAUUUUAAAGGGGAGUAUGAUGAAAGAGGUAAUCCCCUAAAGGUUGUUUAUGAAGAGUUCGAUGAACGAUGGGAAGUUGCGGUAACACUAUCAGACUCAGGUUUUCAACAGAUGUCCUUUGUCAACAGCAUCGCCACAACUAAAGGCGGUCGGCAUGUAGAAUAUAUCGUAGAGAUGAUCGCGAAACAACUUUUAGAUAUAAUAAAGAAGAAGAAUAAAGGUGGGACCACAAUUAAACCUCACCAAGUGAAAAAUCAUAUGUGGGUUUUCAUCAACUGCCUCAUCGUAAAUCCCACUUUCGACUCUCAAACGAAAGAGAACAUGACAUUACAAGUGAAGAAGUUUGGAUCCAAGUGCUCCAUAUCUGACAAAUUUAUACUGGGCGUUCAAAAAAGCGGUAUAAUAGAAACCGUGUUAACUUGGGCCAAACUUAAGGAGCAAACUGAGCUGGUCAAAGCCAGCACUGGUAAAAGUGCUGGGAAGUUAAAAAUUCACAAGUUGGUCGAAGCCAAUAAGGCAGGCUCUGCGACUGGCUGGAAAUGUACUCUCAUAUUGACUGAAGGAGAUUCGGCCAAAACGUUGGCUGUUUCCGGGUUGAGUGUUAUUGGAAGGGAUUAUUACGGCGUGUUUCCUUUAAGGGGUAAACUUCUAAACGUCAGAGAAGCCACGCACAAGCAGAUUCUAGAAAAUGUUGAAAUUAACAGUUUAUUGUCAAUUAUCGGUCUACAGUACAAAAAGAAAUACUUAACCCGAGACGACCUGAAGUCGUUGCGUUACGGAAAAAUAAUGAUCAUGACUGAUCAAGAUCAGGAUGGCUCGCACAUCAAAGGAUUGCUGAUUAAUUUCAUUCAUUACAAUUGGCCUGAACUAUUACGCCUAGAUUUUCUAGAGGAGUUUAUCACUCCUAUUGUAAAGGCUAAGAAAAAGAAUCAAGAAAUUUCGUUCUAUUCAUUGCCGGAGUUUGAGGAAUGGAAGAAAGAUACCGCAAACCAUCAUACUUUUGAAAUCAAAUACUACAAAGGUUUGGGUACCUCCACUUCGAAGGAGGCUAAAGAAUAUUUCGGCAACAUGACACGGCAUAAGAUUCCAUUCCGGUAUGGCGGUCCUGAAGACGACGAUCACAUCGUACUGGCUUUUAGUAAAAAACACAUCGAGGCCAGGAAAGAGUGGCUCACUAAUUUCAUGGUGGACAGCAAACAUCGAAAAGAAAUGGGGCUUCCGGAAAAGUAUCUUUACGCAAAAGACACUAGAUUCGUUAAUUACAAGGACUUUGUUAAUCUGGAAUUAGUAUUGUUUUCUAAUGCUGAUAAUAUCAGAUCAAUUCCCAGCUUAGUAGAUGGUUUGAAGCCUGGUCAAAGAAAAGUACUUUACACAUGUUUGAAGCGUAAUGAUAAACGCGAAGUAAAAGUGGCACAAUUAGCCGGUUCAGUAGCCGAAACUUCAGCAUAUCAUCACGGUGAAGUGUCUCUUGCCAUGACUAUCGUAAAUCUAGCUCAAAAUUAUGUGGGAAGCAACAACAUCAAUUUGCUCGAACCGAGAGGGCAGUUCGGUACCAGAUUGGCUGGAGGAAAAGACUCAGCCAGUCCCAGGUAUAUAUUCACGAAAUUAUCGCCGUUGACGCGAUUGCUCUUCCAUCCCGACGAUGAUCCUCUCUUAAAACAUGAGUAUGAUGAUAGCCAAAAAAUAGAGCCAGUUUGGUACAUUCCCAUUAUUCCCAUGGUACUCGUUAACGGAGCCGAUGGGAUUGGAACCGGUUGGAUGACAAAAAUCCCUAAUUACAAUCCGCGUGACUUAGUUGAGUGCAUACGAUCUAUGCUAGAUGGAGAAGAACCUAAAGAAUUGCAUCCAUGGUACAAAAAUUUCAAAGGUACAGUCGAGUUUUGCGGUGAUAAGCGUUACUGCAUCAGUGGCGAAUUAGCCAUAAUGGGCAAUACACUAGAAAUUACCGAACUCCCUGUGGGCACAUGGACUCAGACUUAUAAAGAAAAUGUCUUAGAAGCAAUGCAAGGGUCUGACAAGGUUAAAAAUGAUAAAGCUAAGGAAAAAGAUAAGGAUAAGGAUAAAGCAAAAGAUAAAGUUAAGGAUAAAUGCAAAUGGUCCAUUCAGGAUUUUAAAGAAUACAGUACGGAUACCACGGUUCAUUUUGUAGUGACUCCUAGUCCCAGCCAGAUGGAACUCAUGGAAAAAGAAGGUCUCCACACAGUUUUUAAGCUGCAAAGUUUAAUUAGUCUCGGCUCCAUGUGUUGUUUUGAUGAGUUAGGAUGUCUGAGACGAUUCGACACCGUAAUGGACAUUUUAAAAGAGUUCUACACGUUGAGAAUGUCAAUGUACGUGAAACGAAAGGACCAUUUAGAAGGAAUGUUGACUGUCGAAGCUCAAAAACUCAGUAACCAAGCAAGAUUUAUUAUGGAAAAGUGUAACGGUUCGUUAACUGUUGAGAACAAGAAACGCAAGGUAAUCGUUGAUGAAUUGAUUCGGUUGGGUUACGAUCCUGAUCCAGUUCAGGAGUGGAAAAAAAUGCAUUUAAAAGAUGCGGAAGAAGAAGCUGCACCCGAAGGCGAGGAAGAACUGCCAGAUACCACAUCAAAAGCUAAGAAACCGGUUGACCCUGAAAAAGCGUUUAAAAACCUCGCCGAGGUGAAAAAAUUUGACUAUCUUUUGGGAAUGUCCAUGUGGAUGUUGACUGAGGAAAAGAAAAACGAACUACUGAAGCAACGAGAUAAUAAAUUAACUGAGUUGGACAUUCUCAAGAAGAAGAAGCCUUCGGAUUUAUGGCGCGAAGAUUUAGAUAUAUUUGCAAAAAAACUGGAUGAGGUUGAAGAAAAGGAAAGGAAAGAUGAAUUGAACACUGUUAAAAAAGAAAAAGCUGAGCCGGGAAAGAAGAAAGCCGCUUUAAAAGUACCUAUGUCUCCACCUAUUGGUCAAAGAGUAGUACCAUUAAUAUCAACUGAUAUCAAAAAGAAAGUUCAGGCAGCUGCUAAGAGUAAAGAAGGAAGGGGAAAACGAAUGAUUAAAAAAGAAGUUACUGAAGAAGAGGACGAUGAGUUUGACGCAAUGAUCAAAAAUAAGAAAACGUUAAAGGAUAAAUUAGGAACACCAGAUGAAGUUGAAAAAAAAGUCAAAAAGAAAAGGCUGGCAUCUGAUGGCUUAAAACAAACAAAACUAAACUUUGAAAAGAAGGCGGUGAACGGUUCGCCUAAAAAAGGAGGUAGAAAAAAAAGAUUCAACCCAGACCUAUCUUCUGAUGGUCAGAGCUAUGAAAGUGAUGAUAGUUUCUCGAUUAGCAUAGAAACUGCGCCACUCAAGGAACGUACAAACGCCCGAAGAUGCGCAACAAAAGCAAUUAAAUAUGACACAGACGACGAAGUGAAUGAGAUGUCUGAUAACGACGUUCUACUAGACAACAAUUUAGUAAAUGGGGACGAAAUACAACCUCAACUUUUGGAAAGUGAUGAGAGUGAUGUGGAAAAACCUCCACCACGAAUGCAGGAGUCAUCUGAAGACCUAUUCGAUAGCUUGAUAUCAGGAUCGCGAAAAGAAGAUUCCAAAGAGGAAAACGUUUCUUCGUCAUCAGCUCCCAAAAGGAGAUGGUCCACGGAAUCUGAGGAAGAUCAUAGUCCACCACAAGUCGUUAAAUCGAAAGCUGAUGAUCAGCCCAAAAAGCCCAGAGCAAAGAAAAUAAAAAAAGAAACCAACGGUAAAGAACAAGGCGCCGCAAAGAAGGCGAGAGGUAGGAAGAUGCAAAGUUCAUCUGACGAAGAUUUUGAAAUUGACGAAUCAAGUGAACCCGUUCAACCUGUAAAAUCUAGGACAGGAAGAAACAGACCACAGAAAAAGUAUGUCGAAGACUCAGACGACGAUUUUUAACGGCAUCGCUCAUUUAAUUAAUUGCGUAAUUGAGUCGGUAAGAUUAAGAUAUUUUUUUACAUUCAAAAUAGUUUACUGAAUCAAUUGAUUGGCCAUUAUUUGAUGCAGCAAACUUUACAAAUAUUUGGAAGGAAGAAUCUGGCUUUUGUAAGAUUUUUUGUAUGUCGUAAAGUCAUUCCCUGCAAUAAUAAUGCUGUGAAUAAUUGACAGCGCGUCGUUUUGAAAAAUUGUAAGCAAGUUCUGUCGUCCCAAUUUUGAAUAUUUUUUGGAAUUCAGAUUUUCCUGAACAAUGAAUUUAAUACGAUUUCAAAAAUUGAUAAUGUAUAUUUUAUACCAUGAUACAAUAAUAUUCAUAGUUUCUCAAAUGUAAAUUUCUUCCACAUAUCGCUCAUACAUCAAACGUAAGCAGUGUGUUUUAGAGGAGAUAAUUUUUCAAACAAUUGAACUCGGAGUAUUUUAGAAUUAACUGUCAUUUUUUAGUAUUUAAUUUUCAAAUCAUUAGUAGGAAAUGUGUACUUUUGUUUUUAAUUGUCUCGCUGCACAUAUUCAACCCGUUUUCAUUCAAAGUUACUUUUGCUGAAAAAAGCAAACAUUACGUAAUCUGUCGGUUAGAUGUUUGUCACAUCUUUUUCGUGUUCAAGAAGUUCUGGUUAAAUCUUACAUAAUGAACAAACUGAGGUGAGAAUUGAGGUUUGUGUGUUACUCCAGCUGGAAUUUUAGGAUUUAGCUAAUUUAGUGAGUUUUAAUUCUAGUUUAAUAUUUAUAAUUUUUGUACUAUGUACAGUAUUACUUACUUAAUAUAAUUACAUGGAAUUUA